AUGACGAUGCUUACAGAAGGUUGGAUCGGAUCUAGGUAUUCACCAAUGGUUCUGGAUAUAAAUUAUAUUGAUCUGAAAAAUCAGGUCAUAAAAGCGGAACGAAAGUUGUUAAAUGCUCUUGGAUUCGUCGUACACGUCAAUCAUCCACACAAACUUAUUUAUACUUACUUACAUGCAUUGGGUGCUACUGAAAAUCAUGAGCUCAUGCAAAAGGCUUGGAGUUAUAUGAAUGACGGAUUACGAACAGACAUAUUCUUGAGGUAUCGACCUGAAACAAUAGCAUGUGCGUGCAUUCAUUUGGCAGCAAGGACUAUAACUGAACCUGUACCACUACCUCGAGAACCUUUUUUGUGGUUUGAAGCCUUUGAUGCAAGUGACAAGGAUGUACAGACUAUUUCUUAUUUGCUUCUGCAAGUUUAUUCCCGAAUCCGAGCUCCAAAUUGGACUCGUCUGAAUGAUACAUUGAAUAAAAUACGCAUUAAAUUCAACAGUGCAUUUGCAAAAUCACAACAAGGAGAAAAAGUGGCUAACAAAGAAGUUGAAAGAGCAAAAGCAGUUUUAGAAAAAAGACGUCGCGAAAUUGUCAGUAAAGCUUGUGAAAUAGAGAAGCGGCAGAAUGGUGCGACUAAAAUAAAUAGCAAGGAAGGACAUACAAAAGAGAUGGAUUCGAAGCGCGAUAGAGGAAAAGAAAACGACCAUUGUAGUGCCAAACAAUCGUCGUCAUCAACUUCACGUUCGCGUUCACGCUCUCGUUCAAGAUCUCCAGUAGAACCUAGAAAGUUCCGAUCCUCACCUGCUCGUCGCCGGGCUGAAUCGUCCGAACGCGACCGACACUCUAGGCGUAAUCAUCAUCAUUCAAGACAUCAGAGAGAUGAAAGAAGGCGAAUAAGAGAAGAGCGGCGAGCAGAAAAAGAAAGACAUCAUAGGAAUCGAACUAGAAGUCGAGACCGACGUAGAAUUGAUAGAGUUAGUAACCAGCGCGAACGCGAAAAAGAUGUAUAUCUAGCUUUGGGUAAAAGAAGGAAAAGUAGUGAAAGUCCGCCUUCUGUGAAAAUGCGGCGGUAG